UUCGGCAAAAGUCGUGUUGAGUUCCGCGAAAGAAGGCCGAGGUGUCCUCUUUCCGCAACCCAGAUCAGAUCUGCAGCCAGUAACAGCUUUAGGACUCUACUCGCUUCUCGGCUCAGUUUAGACAAUGGAGACAUUUCUGUUCACAUCCGAAUCCGUGAACGAGGGCCACCCCGACAAGCUUUGCGACCAGAUCUCUGAUGCGGUGCUCGACGCCUGCCUUGCACAAGACCCUGACAGUAAGGUGGCAUGCGAGACCUGCACCAAGACCAACAUGGUUAUGGUGUUCGGGGAGAUCACAACCAAGGCGAACGUAGACUACGAGAAGAUUGUGCGUGACACCUGCCGUUCGAUUGGGUUCGUUUCUGAUGAUGUGGGUCUUGAUGCUGACAACUGCAAGGUCUUGGUCAACAUUGAGCAGCAGAGUCCAGAUAUUGCACAGGGCGUCCAUGGUCAUCUCACCAAGCGCCCCGAGGAGAUCGGUGCUGGUGACCAGGGCCACAUGUUUGGUUAUGCCACCGACGAGACCCCUGAGUUAAUGCCCCUUAGCCACGUUCUUGCCACCAAGCUGGGUGCCCGCCUCACCGAGGUGCGCAAGAACGGUACCUGCCCCUGGCUAAGACCCGAUGGUAAGACCCAGGUUACAGUUGAGUACCACAACGAUAAUGGUGCCAUGGUUCCCAUCCGCGUCCACACCGUCCUCAUCUCCACUCAACACGACGAGACCGUCACCAAUGAUGAGAUUGCAGCUGACCUCAAGGAGCACGUAAUUAAGCCAGUCAUUCCCGACAAGUACCUGGAUGAGAAGACCAUCUUCCACCUCAACCCAUCAGGACGAUUCGUUAUUGGUGGGCCCCAUGGUGAUGCUGGUCUCACCGGAAGGAAGAUCAUCAUUGACACCUAUGGUGGAUGGGGAGCACACGGUGGUGGUGCCUUCUCUGGCAAGGACCCAACCAAGGUGGACAGGAGUGGAGCUUACAUUGUGAGGCAGGCUGCCAAGAGUAUUGUGGCCAAUGGGCUUGCCAGGAGGUGCAUCGUGCAGGUGUCAUAUGCCAUUGGUGUUCCGGAGCCCUUGUCCGUCUUCGUUGAUACUUACGGAACUGGAAAGAUUCCUGACAAGGAGAUUCUUAACAUUGUGAAGGAGAACUUCGACUUCAGGCCUGGAAUGAUUGCCAUUAACCUGGACCUCAAGAGGGGUGGCAAUGGCAGGUUCUUGAAGACAGCGGCUUACGGUCACUUUGGAAGAGACGACCCUGACUUCACAUGGGAGGUGGUGAAGUCCCUCAAGUGGGAUAAGCCCCAAGCUUAAUGGUCCACAAUGUUUUUGUGCUCCUAUUCCUGGUUCCUGCCCUGUCUCUGUCCUCUCUUCUUGCGUCGUCUUACUAGGCCCCCACUCCAGUAAUCUUAUUUUGCUCCAUCCCCAUCAGCACCUGUGAUAAAUAAUUUACUUGGCUGCUCUCAAAUCUGUAGACCCAUGUUUUACUUUUACUGUGAUUGUGAGUUGCUCUGCUUUGUUUUUCCUUC